UUAAACUAGUAGUAGCCGUAAUUCCUCACGGAGCUUUAAACCCUCCCGUCUACAAAACCUCUCUGCGACGAGCCUGACCGGUCACCACUGUAAAAGCUGAGUUGAACUCACCGGUGACACUCACCGUCGAUCACUGGAUAUUACGGAUUUUACGUCUGCAGGUAAAGUUUAUCAUCCCGGAAUAAGAAUAUUUCCCUGUACCUGUUACGAGCAUCUAGGUAUCUAAAACAUUGGUUCCAGCAACAUAAUACAUGUCCAUAAUGGAUCUGAAACAUAAAGGUAUAACCUGGGUUGGAAAUUUAUUCCAGAAGCUUGAAGCUGUGUGCCAAGAGGUGGAUGGUUUUGUGAGCAAGGAUACAGUGAAGUAUGUUGAGAACCAAUUGCAAAAUAUGGGUGGAGGUGUGAAGAAAUUCUAUUCUGAUGUUCUGCAAGAUGUGCUUCCUCCUUUAGUUGAUCCUGUGAAGCAAGAAGCACAAGCUGUGGCUCUGAAAAGCAACGCUGCCAUUAGCACCUAUUUGAAGUCAAUGAUAAGUUAUGAGGAAACUCAUGUAGAAACUGUCAUUAAGCAAUCACAUAUGGAGCCCAAUGCAGUUGAUCAUGUGAAGAACCAGCUGCCAGAUGCAUCAAGUAGGCUCCACCCCAUAAAUCAUAUUACUCCAACUUCUGUCGAAUCCCUUGAGGACGCGGAGACUGACUUAUCACUGCAAAAGGUUGACGAUGUUUUGACUAAUGAAGACCCAAAUGUGGGCAUUGAAGAGAAUGCUAUAGAGGAUUCGGCACCUGAAGUGUUGGAGUUAAUUUCUCCAGGUGAUAAAGAAUCCUUUGAAGCAUCAUUGUCCGGUGAGUUCAAAGAUGAUAAUCAUGAAAAUGCAUUUGGAGUUCUGGCUGAGGUUUCACCGGCAUCAUCAUUUCAUAGUGUGGAGUUCCUAUCCACCCAAAAAAGGGGAGCAGUUUGUGAUAGCCUUGCAGAUGUCACUCAGAAUGUUUCUGAUGUUUCAAGUAUUCUUACUUCUGAAUCAGGUUUUUUAGUUGUAUCUGGUGAGAAAACUAUAGCAGAGACGGGACCUAUAUUGUCCAGCAGUUCCCUAUUAGCAGAAUCUUGUAGUCUGUCUGGAAAAUCAGUGGACAACUCCCUGAAUGCAGUAUCUUGUAAUAAUCCCAGAGAUCAUAUUUGUGAUAGUUCCAGCAAGCUCUCCUCUUCUCUACCUACUCCAAUUGUCUCCUGUGAGAGCAAGGCACUUGAGUUAGGAUUUGCUUCCUCCAGCAGUAUCCUAUCAUUGAAAUCCCUUGAGGAAAACACUUCCAGAAUUAAGGAAAUUCCGUCUCUGAUGGAAUCGUCUGGAAAUAGACAUAUUCACUUCUCUGAGUCUGCUCAAGUUAUCAAUCAUGGAGCUUUCGGAGGACAUUCAUGUGACUUGGACAAUGAUAUUACUGAUCCUAGCAUGGAAACCAUUGAAUUGUCUGACAAGGUGAAACUUGACGAAAGCUGCAUCAUUAUAGAACCUAGUGAGCUCUAUGCUGUUGCUCGCAGAACCCGAAAACUCAGAUCGUACAGGAAAAAGAUUCAAGAUGCAUUUACUUCAAAAAAGAGAUUGGCAGCGGAAUAUGAACAGCUAGCAAUUUGGUAUGGCGAUGCUGAUAUGGGUUCUGACAAACACAAAUGGCAACCUUCUUUGCCAUCUACCACUGCAACACCCUUAGAUGUGAAGAAUUCGCAAAUACAGCUGCCAUGUGACUCCGAAUGGGAGCUUCUGUAGUUAAACAAUAAACUUCUGUAUAUAGCUGCAAUUCGACUGGUGAGAGUGUCUCUUGCCUGUGCAAAUGAGUGUGUUGCAGACAUCCCACUGUGUGUGAAUAAUCACUGGCGAGGUUCCCACUUCCAAGGUACAUGUACAUAUGCGAAAUAAGGUAGUUAUGAUGACUCUUUCAGUUCUAAAUUUAAUGGUAUUCUUUUCUGGUUAAGUUGCGAAAUACUGUAACAUCUUUGUGGUACAAUUUCGAUAGAGGUAAUUAUAUAUACCCUUAUGCUAAUAAUACAGUAUUUCACUGUUUUUCCUCCCUA